AUGACCUGGAGAAGGUCUGGCACCUGGCACUACAUCUUUUACAGUGAGCUUCGUGUAGCCCCUGAAGAGCAUCCUUUGCUGCUGACCGAGGCCCCUUUCAACCUCAGGCCUAAUAGAGAAAAGCUGACCCAGGUCAUGUUUGAGGGCUUUGAUACUCCCGCCAUGUCUCCUCCACCAUGCAGAGGCUACUGCUUCUUAAUAGCUGAUGAGUGGGAAAUCGUGCGUGACAUCAAAGAAACUUUUUAUUAUGUAGUCAUGGACUACGAGCAGGAGAUGGCCACUGUGGCCUGCCCCUCUUUGUUAGAAAAAAGCUAUGAGCUGCCAGAUGGGCAGCUCAUCCACAUUCACAGUGAAUGUUUCCACUGCCCCGAGAUGCUCUUCCAGCCCCCCAUCCUGGGCAUGGAGGCUUGUGGCCUACAUAAAAUGGCCAUAAAAUCCAUUCAAAGUUGUGACAUCGAUAUCUGCAAGGAACUUUACAGGAAUGCGGUGCUUUCUGGUGGGUCCACCAUGUACGCAGGCUUCUCAGAGUGA